AUGGCUGAAGCUACGUUUAUGCCCAGGGCGCUGGGGGACCUCUCCAAACCGCCUACCGUUGAUUUAACACCACCAAGUGAAGUUCUCGAAUCAUUGGAAGAUGCCCUCAUAUCAGCAAGGAAUUCAUACAUUGACCGCCUUCCGGCGAGCAAGAAGCACUUCGAAGAAGCCGUCGACUUCUUGCCUGGUGGAAAUACUCGAUCCGUCCUCUUCAAUGAGCCAUUUCCAAUUUUUAUGGCGAAGGGGGAAGGAAAUAGAUUAUGGGAUCAUGAUCAAAACGAGUAUCUCGAUCUUGUCGGCGAGCUAACAGCUGGUCUAUACGGACAUUCGCACCCGAUAAUCAAAAAGACGUUGCUCUCAACUUACGAGGAUGUAGGAGUGAGCUUUGGAGCGACUUCGACACACGAAGUUGCGCUCGCAAAGCUCCUCUGUGAGCGCUUUCCCAGCAUAGAACGAGUCCGGUUCUGCAACUCUGGCACCGAAGCAAACAUCUAUGCCCUCAGUAUCGCCCGCCAUAUGACUGGGAAAAGGAAGGUUAUCGCUUUUCGUGGUGGCUAUCAUGGCGGAGUGCUCAGCUUUGCUCAUGGCGUAGCGAAGAAUACCAUUGACAAACCUGACUGGGUACUGGGAGAAUACAACGACGUGCAAGGGGUAAAAGAUCUGAUUCAAAAUACUCCCGAUGCCGCCGCUGUUAUUGUAGAGGCAAUGCAGGGAGCGGGAGGCUGCAUCCCCGCCACACGUGAAUUCUUGCACGCCAUUCAAGAGGCGGCGAAGAAGUGCGGCGUUGUCUUUAUUCUCGACGAGGUUAUGACCUCGCGGCUCCAUCCUGCUGGUCUUCAAAGCGAGUUUUCCCUCGACCCUGACUUGACAGCCCUGGGUAAAUACAUUGGAGGUGGUCUCGCUUUCGGCGCGUUUGGUGGUAAAGAGCAUCUUCUUGCCGCCUAUGACCCGAGAUCGCCCGAUAGCUUGCCGCAUUCAGGGACUUUUAACAACAACACACUGGCUAUGUCCUGCGGGUAUGUAGGAUUGACUCAAGUUUACACGAAAGAUGUUUGUCUGAAGCUCAAUUCCCUGGGAGAGUACUUCCGUGGGCAGCUUCAAGAAAUCUCUCGAGGCACAAAAAUGGUGGUCGUUGGAAAGGGCGCCGUCUUAACUAUUCAUUUUCUCGAUAAUGGUGCCCGCCCUAGCAAAGAGUCGGAUAUCGAAAACCAUAACGUCAACCACCUGAAGAAGCUCUUUUGGUAUUGGUGCAUCAGUAGGGGCUAUUGGAUUACCGAGCGGGGGAUGUUGAGUAUUGUUCUUGGAACAACAAAGGAAGAAUUAGAUGGAUACAUUGGAACAGUCUCCUCGUUCGUAGAAACAUAUAGACAUCUGCUCCAAGUCUAG